AAAAUAUUUUCUUUCUUUCUGUCACUUAACAAAACACACGUGUGUUCUGUGUGUAAAUUUUCAGUUGAAUUUUAUUGAAUUUUUUUAAUAAAAUUCGCUGAAAAUGCGUAUCGAAACGUGUUAUUUUUGUUCCAGCAAAAUCUAUCCUGGACAUGGAAUACAAUUUGUGAGAAAUGACUGCAAAAUUUUCAAAUUUUGCCGUGGUAAAUGCCACAAAGCCUUCAAAAAGAGGAAGAAUCCACGUAAGGUGCGCUGGACAAAAGCCUUCCGCAAAGCGGCUGGCAAAGAAUUGGCUAUCGACCCCAGCUUCGAAUUUGAGAAGCGACGCAAUGUCCCCGUUAAAUAUAGCCGUGAAACAUGGAACAAAACUCUGGACGCAAUCAAGAAGGUCGUUGAAAUCAAGGAGAAACGCCAAGGACAAUUUGUUUUGGAUCGUUUGCGUAAGGGACGUGAAGUUGAAAUUCAAAUGGACGUUAAAAAUGUCCAACAAAACAUCUCACUUAUUCGUUCGCCUGCUGCUGGUUUGAAGGAGCGUCGUGCCAAGGAGGACGCUCAGGAAGCAGCGCUGAUGGAGGAAGAGGAUGAAGAGAAUAUCACUUAUGUUGAUGCUCGUGAAUUAGAAAAGAAACUUGAAGAAGGUGCGCUCGAUGAGGAUUUGGAGAUGAUGGCGGCGUGAAGUCUGUCUUGAUUUUAGUUGGAAAGAAAACUUGCGUUUAGAUUUAAGAGAGUAAUUUGAUAAGCGUGUUACAAAAAUUGUAAUUUUUCUUAUUUUAUUGUAACAACUUAGUUAUAGAUAAUUAAUAGAGUAUGUUCCAGUA